AUGAAGUCAUCACAUGAUACUAUGAAGCCACCACUUGAUACUAUGAGGCCAUCACAGCUGCGGAAGAGUGAAACCAUUAAGUCUGGUGACAUAUUCAGUGGCAAGAAGGAACAAAUAAUGAAAUUAUGCAAGCUUUCAGUCAUCGAAAGGUUUGAUUUCAUCAUCAAAAAGUCUUGGAAGCAUGUAUUUUAUGCAAAGUGCUGCGUUGCUGGAUGUUCCUGGGGGAUACGUGCUACAACUAAGUCGAAAUCAUCUCCAGAAUUCCUCAUUCGUAAAUAUACUGAUCUUCAUACAUGCUCUGCAGUCAUUAGGUAUUCUCGCCACCGACAUGCAAAUGCAAAAUGUAUUUGCAAGGUGUAUGUUGAGGGAUUUAGUGGUGGCAGUGAUCUUAAAGGAAUCCAGCCCAAACAUAUAAUGGAGUGUAUAAGGGAUGUUUAUCAACUUGACAUUGGUUAUACAAAGGCUCAUAGUGCAUUAGCAUAUGCACGAGAGAUGGUUAGAGGCACUCAUGCUAGUGGCUAUCAGGACUUGCCUUCGAAUCUACACAAAAUAAAGCAGGCCAAUCCAGAUACAAUAACAGAGCUUGAACUUGAUGCUGAGAAAAUGUUUAAGUAUUUGUUCAUUGAUUUUGGCGCAUGUAUCAAAGGGUUUCCAUUCAUGAGGAGGGUUAUUGUUAUAGAUGGAGCACAUCUAAGUGGUAAUUUCAGAGGUGUUAUGUUAGUGGAUGCAUGUCAGGAUAGAAAUAGGGGUAUAUAUCCUAUAGCUUUUGGGAUUGUAAAUGCAGAGGAUGCAGCUGCAUGGGAAUGA